CUAUUUCAUUCUCUCCUGCUCUAUCUCAAAACAUGAUUCUCCUAUAAGUCAUCUCAUGCUAUCUUCAACAACUUCCCAAAAACUACUGCAAAUCUCUUUAUUUUUAUUUUUAUUUUGAAUUUUAUUUUGUUAAAGGUCAACAUGAUGAGUAGCUCUCCAAAGCCAGAGGUGACCUUAUCCCUUACGUUGUCGCCUGGUUCGACUCUGCAAGAGGUUGUAAAGCCCGAAGAGAGAGGUGUCCGCCUUAUCCAACUGCUCUUAACAUGUGCCAAGCAUGCCUCGUCCAGUAACCUACACCGUGCUGACGAGUGUCUCCGGCAGAUAUCGCUGCUUGCCUCGGUGUCUGGUGACUCCAUGCAACGCCUUUCGGCAUGGUUCGCCUCUGCCCUUGCUGUACGCCUUGUCAAGCGUUGGCCUGGCUUACAUAAGGCCUUGAACUACACUCAGUUGCCGAAACAAGAUCAGUUAGGUCAAGCUCAGCCGCUCUUCGGGCGAGUGUUUCCCUACCUUGGGUUCUCUUAUGCCAUCAUAUCUCGUACACUGAUCAAGGCCAUGACAGGGGAGCGAGUCAUCCAUCUAGUGGACUUGGGUUCAGGAGAUGCAAACUUGUGGAUCCCGCUGCUUCGGAGCUUUUCGUGCUUGCUCGAUGGACAACCUCAUUUGAAGGUCACUUGCAUGAAUGCUAACAAGGCAAUACUAGAGGAAUUAGGCCCAAGGCUUGUUAAGGAGGCUGAAGCACUCGGCCUGCCCUUUCAAUUUGCCCCUCUAAAUGCUAGUUUAAGAGAGCUAACAUUAGACAAACUUGGGGUAAAAUCAGGAGAAGCAUUAGCUUUCAUAUCAAUAUUAAAUCUCCACACUUUAUUAGCGGAGGAUGAUAGUGUUGAUGCACAUUUCAGCCACAACAAGACUAACGGCAUCAAAGAUUCCAAGCAAAUGUUUCGGUUUUUAUCGACAAUCCGAUCAUCGUCCGCUAAAUUUUUCUUUUUAGUCGAAAAAGAAGCCGACCAUAAUUUAAACAAAUUGAUUGAUAGAUUCGUUGAGGGACUGCAUUACUACAGCGCUGUGUUCGACUCGGUCGAUGCUACAUUCGGGGGCAAUACCUCGAGUAGGGAAAGGCUUGUUUUGGAGGAAAUGUUUGGGAAAGAAAUUGAAAACAUUGUGGCAUGUGAAGGGGUUGAAAGAGAAGAGAGGCAUGAGAGAUAUGGGAGAUGGAUGGUUCGGUUCGGACAAGCCGGAUUUAAGCCGGUUAUGAUGUGGCAUGACUCAACGGAAGAUGCCAAGCAAAUGGAGGAAGCAUGUGGUAGAAAUGGUUACAAAAUUGUUAACGAAAGGGCAAGCUUGAUGAUUUGUUGGCACGAUAGACCAUUAUAUGCAGUGUCUGCAUGGACUUGUUAGAGGGAUGUAUUAUUUAUGUAUAGUAAUUUUUUUUCUUUAGUAUGUGAAAUUGUAUUAAUAAAAAUAAUUUAUUGUUGGCCCAAGGCAAA